AUGGUGUUGACACUAACCAAUAACUGCAUACAUUUAGAAUAUUUACGAAGAGAUUUCAGAACAUUUCGAUAUCCAUUUUACAAUAGCGAUCAAAUCAUAAAUCUUUCACAAUCGUCUAACAUGGUAGAAUUUUGUAUAGAUCCUGUAAAAGUAGUAGAAUAUUUUCAACUAGGAUAUUCUGAUAUUAUGUGUAAAACUGAAGGUAUCGAUAAUGCGGCUAAAUGGAGCAAUACUCAAUAUUUACUUUCACAAAAUAAUUUCUUAGUUAAUUCAAAUUAUGAUUGCAAUAAUUUCAAAGACUAUUACAUAAGGAAUGAGCAAUCUUCCCUACACUAUGACAUUAAAAUUGAUUGCCAAUUAAAACAAAGUAUAUUACCACACAAUCAACAAAUGACAACUUUGUUAUCACUGAUAUAUCAAGUUUGUCAACUACUUGAACAUUCAAACGAGAAUCACAAUAAAAUGUCUCCUGACAAAUCUAUAAAUGUUUCUAUAGAAAGUAAUCAAGAACAACAUACUCCGCAUAUUCAUAAUACAAAUUUUAAUCAAAUGAAUUCAUUUUAUACUUCCUAUUCAUCAUAUCAUCCAGAGAAACGCUUUGACACUGCAAGUCAUAUGAUGCUCAUAUCACAUCUUAGUAAACACCAAUUGAAACAAUUCAGAGACAAUUAUGAUAAACACUCCAGAUUACAGAACACUAACUGUAAGCAAACCAUUAGAAAUCGUACUGCUAGUAAUUAUAACAAUAUCUCAAAUUACACAAUGAAUGUAUAUGGACGUAGUCAGUCAGUUCGUAUGGAUCAAAAAAGUAUUUUUGUUAUAGAUCGUCCAUCAUUAUCGUUAACCGUAUCAUCACCAACAACAAUCUACAGGUCGGCCACGUCUAUUCAUCAUGUUCCAAACUCAUUAAAAAAUGAAUUAUUAGUAAAUAAUGAAGCGAAGAAAGGCAAUCAGCAAAAUAAUAAUCCAAUAUUAAGUUUUCAAUAUGUUGAACCACAUACAGUCGAGUUACUUGUUGUUGUUACUGAAAGCAUGAAACAACAAUUUGGUCCAUUAAUUAAUGAAUAUCUUCUUUCUACUAUGACAACGGUCUCAACACUUCUUCGGCAUCCAAGUUUGAAAAAUUCAAUACAGCUAAAUGUUGUGGAUAUUAUACUUUUGGAUCCUGUUUACGCACGCAGACAUAAUCUUGAAGACUGGUUAAACAGCAAACAAGAACAAGUUAUGGCCAGAUUUUGCAAAUGGGUUAAUCGACUAAGAACGCCAACGUACACUUGGGAUUCAGCGAUUUUAUUGAAUGUUGGACAUUUCAAAUCUACAGCGCUCGGAGUCGCACACUAUCGAUCAAUGUGUAACCCAGAAAGUUCAUGUUUAGCUGUUCUUGAUCGCGGAUUUGGAACAGGAUAUAUAAUAGCACACGAACUGGGACAUCAGCUUGGAGCCAAACAUGAUUUUGAACUAAAUUCUAGUUGUGGAUUGGAAGAACAGAAUCAUCAUAUGGUUGGUCCGCAAACAAGAAGUAGCGCUCACGAUUUAAAAUUAGGUACAUACCCGUAUUAUCAAUCUGGUGAUGAACGGAACUACAGAGACUAUCGUAAUUCUGAUGUUCAUCAAUACGAAUUCGUUCGACGAGAUACCAUCAUGUCUGGUACACUAUACUUUGAUCAAUUUCCUUUAAGAUGGUCUGCGUGUAGUCGACAAGCUAUACACUUAUUUAUAGAAUCAAAUGCUGCUAAUUGUUUAAGACAUUUAAACUCUGAAACAACAUUUUAUUCAGCUGAAAAGUUAGCUAGUCAAUCUAUGGAUAAUCGUCCUGGGCAAAUAUUCUCACUUAAUCAACAAUGUGAAUUUGUGUUAAAAAUUAAAGGAACACAAUUCUGUGGUGAGAUGCUUCCGGCUUGUCGCCAGCUAUAUUGUCAAGAUAGUGAACAUAGAUCAUGUUUACCAAUGGAAACGGCUUGGGCUGAGGGAACACCAUGCGGGAGCAGUAAAUGGUGUAUUCAGGGACGAUGUGUAUCAACUAAUGAAAAUCCAACUCCAUUACAUGGAAAUUGGGGUGAAUGGGGAUCAUGGUCAAAGUGUUCACGUAGUUGUGGCGGUGGAGUACAAUUUUCCGAACGUGAAUGCAAUAAUCCUGAACCUCAGAAUGGUGGUAAUUUUUGUCAUGGAACACGAACUCGAAUGAGAUCAUGUGGAACUGAGCCUUGUGAGAAGCAACUUAAUAUUCGCCAAACGUUAUGUGAUAAAAUAGAUGGACAAUACAAAGGUCAAUUAAGAGCUUAUUUUCCGAAACUUGGUGAGCCUACAUCAUGCAAUUUGAUCUGCUUGUAUAAUUCCCAUUCUGUAUCCCAUGGUUUCAGCUUACCAGAUGGAACACCAUGUUAUACACAAAGAGAUGAUAUAUGCAUAAAAGGCAAAUGUUGGGAAACUGGCUGUGAUGGUAUUUUGGGCUCUCGAUUACGUUUUGAUCGUUGUCGUGUAUGCGGUGGAGAUAAUAGUACUUGUGAGGAAAUUAAAGGCGUUUUCAAUGGAAAUACAUUGACUCCACCUGGUACUUAUCCACGUGGUUUAAUCACAGCUGUACGUAUUCCGAAAGGAGUUACAAAUGCGUUUGUCAGAAAAGUUUCUGAUCGUAUUAUUCCCUACUCUUCAGAUUCGUAUGACGAUUUUAUGUUGUUGAUAUUUGAGGAAUUGAAAACUCAAAUACGUAGAGGUGAAACACAUGAACCAUUUGCUGGAGCCGAGCUUUACUACAGUGGUAGUCGUAGUCGUGAAGAAAUUGUUUCAAUUACUGGAAGGCUCAAUAAAGAUGUGAAUAUUGUUAUUCGUGUCGAAAACUCGCAUACAACUCAAUCUUUACCAAGAGUGGAAUACAGUUACUUUAUUGAUAAAUUACAAAAAAAUAAUUCACUAUAUUUCAUUGCGGAAAGCGAAGCACGAUUAGCUGAAGAUAGAAUUAAUCGUCGUACUGGAAGAUCACAAUAUACUCAAUCAUCAUAUGAAACAGUUGAUAAAUUGAUUAAUCCUGUACAGCAUAAACCAAGUGAAUUAGACUAUCGUAAAAUUAAGAAUGAGAAACCAAAAAUAUAUUUCGUCUGGAGAAUUAGUGAACUACCCACAGGUUGUACUACAUGUGCAGGAAAUGUCACAACACCUGCAGAAUGUUAUCCAUUAGUUCCGAAAGAUACUGAGCAAAGUCAAUUUUCACAGUUUGAUCUAUUGCGACCAGUAGCUGAUUAUCUAUGCGCCUCUAUGCCAAAGCCCCCAUCAGUUUUCAGACGUUGUUCCGACUAUUGUGGUGUACGAUGGUCAGCUAAACCAGUGCUGACAGGAAAAACAUCAAAUGGUAUUCAUGAUUUUUAUACUAGUAGCUGUUCAGCACGAUGUAAUGAAGGUCAUGAAGUUGUCGAGUAUGUGUGUGAAGAAUAUAUUGUACCUGCUGAACAAAAAGAUAAGUCAAAAGGAAUUUGGAGAGUUGCUCAACUAGGAGAACUUGUAUGCCAUAAAGCAGGCUUGGGAAAAGCUCCACCACAACCAGCUUAUGUUACAUGUAAAGGUUCAUGUUAUCCUGUGUAUUGGAUUUUAUCGAAUUGGACAGAAUGCAACAAUUCUUGUGGUGAUGGAACACGUAAAAGAAUUCUUUACUGUCAAGAUGAAAUUGGGCAAAAUUGGCCUCUCAAUGAAUGUAUGACUUACGGUGAAUCAAUGAUUCACCAUUCAAAAGCUCCAAAACAAUCUGUCACUAUUCAUUCAGCUCAAGAAAUCAUUCUACUUUAUCAACAAAAUAACAGUUUCCAAGUAUCGCUUAAACACAAUUUAUAUAUUGAACAAUAUAAUGAAUGCUUUUCUUUAUCUAAAUGUCGAAAUGAUAUUAAUUGGUCUACAACUAAAUGGUCCGAAUGUGAACCGUUGGAUGAGCAGAUGAAGUCCAAUUGUCGUCUAGUUGAUAACAUUACGGAUCGCAAAGAUUUAAUCAAUAAAAUUAUUGGUGUUCGUUACCGGAAUGUUUCAUGUAUCAUUGAUAAUAAUGAUAAUUAUCAUAUUUCACUAAACAAAUAUAUAAUGCCCGAUCAAUUGACGUCGAGUUAUUUUAUGAAAAGAAUACAAUUAGAUUUAAAUUUUUGUCGUAAAGCUAGUAUGCUUGGGGAACUAAUGGAAGAACCAUAUGGUAGAGAAGCCUGUACUCAACCAAAAUGUUACAGAUGGGGAAAUGGACAAUUGUCAGCGUGUUCUGUAAAUUGCGGAAGCGGAGUGAAACAAACUCGAAUAUCAUGUGAAAGUGUUAUAUUAAAAGAUUAUUUGGAUACAAGCUCUAAUGAAAAAAAUGUUGUUUUACAAGGAAUACAUAUUGUUGACAAUGAUAAGUGUUUGCAAAAUCUUCAGUAUAUGCCACGUUUAUUUACUGAUAAAACAAACGAUACUAUAUUUGUGGAAACUGUUGAACGACGGAUAGAUAAUGAUCAAGAGAUGAUACCUAUAAAAGUUGACAAUAUAAACGAGCCUGUUGUGCUGACUUGCAAUGAAGCUCCAUGUGAUAUGCGUGUACCAGCUUGGAGAACAACAUCAUGGAGUGCAUGCUCCAGUUCUUGUGGACUGGGUGUUAGACAAAGAAAAGUUAUGUGUGUAGUCGGAACACAAAACGCGAAUCUACAUAAACGUCAUUCAGUAUCAUAUACUUCUAUAUUUACGGCGAGUCGAUCCAAUAUUGAAGUAGUUGAUUCACAAAUAUGUUAUAAUGCAUUAUUGCCUAUGCCAACGGAACAAGAAGCGUGUCUUGAAGCUCCGUGUCCUAUAUGGCAUGCUGAAGAAUGGCAAGAAUGUAUAGGUGAGUGUGAGUACGGAAUACAACAUCGAAAAAUUAGAUGUAUCAUUGAAUUGACCUCUUCACAACAAAUAAAUAAUCACUUACAAAAAUCGGAAGAUGAUAGUUCAUUACAUCUAUCGAUAAAUCAUCUUGAUUCUUCUUUAAUUCGUCGAUCACGUUCAGCAAAUGUAAUGGAUGUUGAUCAUGAACGUUGUCGAAAUGCCGGUGCCAAACCAAUAUCAGAAAGACCAUGUUUAAUAAACCUAAGUUGUCCUUAUUGGUAUAAAAGUGAAUGGUCGAAAUGCUCAGUAAAUUGUGGCAUGGGAGUACGAUCACGUCAAGUUAUUUGCCGAUCUUCAAAUGGGACUGUAAUUAAUGUUGAGACAUUGGAUGAUAAAAAGGCAUUUUAUUACAACACAGAGACAUCUCAUGUAAAUUCACUUCAAUAUGCCAUACAGACUAUAAAAAGGAGUGCCACAACAAAACGCAAAUGUCCAAGUCCACGUCCUAUUGAUAAAGUUUCAUGCAGAACGCGUCCAUGUACAGGAUUAGAAGUAUUCUGGUGGCCCGUUACAUCAUCUGAGUGCAAUAUAACAGGAUGCGAAUUGACCAAACGUGAAAGAAUAAUCAAAUGUAUCAGUCCAAGACGUGGUCCAGUUGAUGAUGCGGUUUGUAACCAUUUAGAAAAACCGUUGAACUGGGCCAUUUGUGAAUUGUUCAAAUGCAAACGAUUUGAAUGGAGUACAGGAUCUUGGAGUUUAUGUCCAGAUACUUGUGAAUCAAGAAUGAGAUCUCGUCAAGUAAAAUGUGUAGAUGAUUUAGGUAAUGAGUAUUCAGAGACUUUAUGUCCAGCGAAUCUGAAACCCAGUAAUCGUGGUGUAUGUCCAAAUUUAUGUGCAGAUGUCCCUAAAAGUUGUCGUGAGUUAAAAUAUCGUUAUCCUUCAGCUGAUGAUGGCACAUAUCAAUUAUUAAUUGAACAAUCUUUAGUUUAUAUUUAUUGUGCAAACAUGGAAUCUUCAAAUCCAUCUGAAUACAUCACUUUACGUCAGAUUAACUAUGCUGCAUCAUCAGAAUUCUUACAACCGUAUCCUGAUUUAAAAUGGUGUCCUUCAGUCAAUCAAAACACCUCAAUGUUCAAUAUAUCUAAAAAUAUUUACCAACCAAAUUCAAAUUUGGAUUCAUCAAAAGGUAUUCCUGAAUCACUUUUAACUAGUAUGGAAGUUAAUAACGUCAACUGUCCGAAUUGUCCAACAGUGUCGAAUUUAGCAUCAAAAACAUUCUAUAACAAAGUCCGAUUGGAUAUAUACAGUUUAGAAGUAAAAAUUGAUGAUGGACGAUUUUCACAUACUCUCGGAUCAUCAAUGAUGCCGUACGGGACUGCAAAAGAUUGUUUCUCAUCAACCGUUUGUCCUCAGGGGCAAUUUCAAAUCGAUUUGAGAGGUACAAAUUUCAAGGUGAGCGUUAAAACACGUUGGAUCAAUAAUGAAAUUAAUGAUGGUGUAUCUCAUAUUCAUCGAUUACAAGAUGGUCAAUUAAUAUAUGGUCGCUGUGGAGGACACUGUACAGGAUGUUGGCCUCAACCUGGAUUAUUUCUUGAAGUCAAGCCAGACUAA